AUGUCAGACAAAAGUGAUUUAAAAGCAGAACUUGAGCGCAAAAAGCAGCGUUUGGCUCAGAUAAGAGAAGAAAAGAAACGGAAGGAGGAAGAAAGGAAGAAGAAAGAGGCUGAUCUACAGCAAAAGAAGGAGCCAGCUCAGGAAGAUUCUGACCUAGACCGCAAAAGACGAGAGACAGAAGCUUUGUUACAGAGCAUUGGUAUAUCUCCAGAACCACCUCUAGUGCAGUCGCUGCAUGUGUUAACAUGGGAUACCUGUUAUUUUCAUUAUUUAGUCCCAACCCCUAUGUCUCCCUCUUCGAAAUCAGUGAGCACACCCAGUGACGCAGGCAGCCAGGACUCAGGAGAUCUGGGACCCAUAGGAAGGACCUUGCAAUGGGACACAGACCCCUCAGUGCUGCAGCUCCAGUCUGACUCUGAACUUGGACGCAGACUGCACAAACUAGGGGUGUCAAAGAUUACCCAGGUUGAUUUCUUACCUCGGGAGGUGGUAUCAUACUCCAAGGAGACACAGACACCUCUUGCCACGCAUCAAUCUGAAGAGGAUGAAGAUGAUGAAGAGAUGGUGGAGCCAAAAGCACAGGAUGACUUGGAGACGGAAAAUCAAGACCAGAAGCAGGAAGUGAAAGAAGCUCCUCCUAGAGAACUGACAGAAGAAGAAAAACAGCAAGUUCUCCAUUCAGAAGAAUUCCUGAUAUUUUUUGACCGGACAAUACGUGUAAUUGAGCGAGCUUUGGCUGAAGAUUCAGACAUCUUCUUUGACUACAGUGGCAGAGAUGUAGAAGAGAAAGAUGGAGAUGUUCAAGCAGGAGCCAACCUUUCCUUUAACCGUCAAUUUUAUGAUGAACACUGGUCAAAGCAUCGUGUUGUCACCUGUAUGGAUUGGUCUCUUCAGUACCCUGAGUUGAUGGUUGCAUCUUAUAACAAUAAUGAAGAUGCUCCACAUGAGCCUGAUGGGGUAGCCUUGGUAUGGAACAUGAAGUUCAAGAAAACCACACCGGAAUAUGUUUUCCAUUGUCAGUCCUCCGUGAUGUCUGUCUGUUUUGCCCGCUUUCACCCAAACCUGGUUGUUGGUGGAACAUACUCUGGCCAAAUUGUCUUGUGGGAUAAUCGCAGUCACAGGCGCACUCCGGUUCAAAGAACUCCCUUAUCUGCUGCUGCUCACACGCAUCCUGUGUAUUGUGUGAAUGUAGUUGGAACACAGAAUGCGCACAAUCUUAUCACCGUCUCUACGGAUGGCAAAAUGUGCUCCUGGAGCCUGGACAUGCUCUCAACUCCACAGGAGAGCAUGGAGCUGGUGUACAAUAAGUCCAAACCAGUGGCGGUUACAGGAAUGGCUUUCCCAACUGGAGAUGUCAAUAACUUUGUCGUUGGCAGUGAAGAGGGAACAGUCUACACAGCCUGUCGUCAUGGAAGUAAAGCUGGCAUUGGUGAAAUUUUUGAAGGCCACCAAGGACCCGUCACAGGAAUCAAUUGUCACAUGGCGGUGGGUCCAAUUGACUUUUCCCAUCUCUUUGUCACAUCAUCAUUUGACUGGACAGUCAAGUUGUGGACCACAAAGGUUCCCACAGCCAGUGUCACCAUAGAAGGAGCUUCUGCCCUCAACCGUGUCCGCUGGGCCCAGGCUGGGAAGGAGGUAGCAGUUGGUGAUUCAGAAGGCCGCAUAUGGAUCUAUGAUGUUGGAGAGCUGGCUGUUCCACACAACGAUGAGUGGACCCGCUUCGCUCGGACCUUGGUGGAAAUCCGCGCCAACCGAGCAGACAGUGAAGAGGAAGGGGCGGUGGAGCUGUCAGCCUAGAGGAAGAGAAGGAGCAGCGCCCGCCAUCGCCAGAACAGCAGCUUUCCCCCACUGAGUACGCCGGUGUUCGGUGUCAGAGUCAGUCUUGCUGUGGCUUUUGAUGCCAGUGUACGUGCCAGUAUUGCUCAAAGCAUUCCAUAUUAAUCACGCUGCUUUACACAAGGCUGAAAAUAUCCAGAGCAUUUUCAUACUUUAUAUUUCUGUCUGAAAAGUAAGAAAGAAAAGACAAAUCAACCCUUUAUGGGUUUAGUUGUUGCCUUUUAACUACUUAGUAGCUGUAUUUAAUAGCUAGGAACCCCUGGUUAAACUUGUGCUCACAUUGCCCUUCUGGCAUAGUCCUAUUAAAUCCAUAUGAAGCCAGAUAUGAUUAUGUGCAGAUGUUGUGUGCUUCACUGUAUGGGACUGGGCCAAAGACUUUAGAUGUGGUGUUUCACAUGGUGACUUACAUUAUGAAUGGAUGUACUAUACGAAAGUUGCUGCUCCUUAUUUAUUGCAGUGUGCUGCAUGGAACAUAUUUAUUUGAAAGCAUUAAAAUAAACGAUCCUAAAGCAUGUGCAUAAUGAGAGAACUGCAUUGUCUGUGUGCUGCUGUAGAGGUUACAUUAAAGUCCACAUAACAAUUACAGUACAUCAGUUGUGUUUAAGAUGUAAGAUCUAUAAAGGUUGGCUUGAGUGGAUGGAAUGAGUUUCCUUUUUUUUUUUUUUAAGAUGCCUAUUAUUUCUAGGCACUUUAACUAUAUUUCAAAUACAGUUGGUCACUGAUACUUGUCAUGCAAGUUAACACUAACAGUCUGACAAAGGGUUGUGGUUCCUGAGUAUGACACUAGUAUUGCCAAUAAAAUGUAUCAAGCCUGUUC